UGAAAUCAAUUGCCUGAGAAACAGUCAUUUCUACCCACCUGGUUUCUCCUGGAGCAAAAUAAAAGCAUGGACUCGUGAUUCCAAAAAGAAAAAGAAAAUAUGUUCCCGAAUACCCAUUUCUUUUUUCAUCAGAAUAAUGGAAGAAGGUCCAAGAAUAAGAAUCAAGAACAUUAGUGGGCAGCUCUGACAUCAAGACCAAUAAUUACUGGGCGGUUCUGAUAAUCAUUGGCAACAGCAACAGUUUUUUCAGCUCAAUCCAAUGAGCUCGGAAAGAAGACGUUUUUCUUUGUUCAAGCAUUCAAGAAACACAGAAUGGCCGAAGGAAUUCAUUUGCCCCAUAUCCAGGUUACCUAUGGCAGAUCCUGUCAUAGUAUGCUCCGGACAAAGCUACGAAAGAAGAUGCAUAGAGGCAUGGAUGAAACUGGGGCAACGCUAUUGCCAUGUCACAGGCAUAGACCUCCACAAUUCCACUGUCAUUGCCAACGUGGCACUCAGAACUGCCAUAAUCCAUUGGUGCCAAGCUGCCGGUUUUCCCAACCCUACUUCGCCUGAUCCAGAGGCGGCAAAUAAUUUGGUCCUCAAGCUCAUAAAUCAGGCCAAAUACCUCAAUUCAGGAAACGGGUACUCUUCUGAACCUCAAAAAACUCGUGAUUUUAAUGAAGUUUCUCAAUUUAGGGCACUUGGUCACAGCGAUUUUCAGAGGCCCACGAGUAGAUUAGAUGCUGAUAUGCUGCAACAAUCCAUGAGAAAUGUUUCUUUGGAAAAGUCAUCCACACCCACUGAAAUAGACAAGGCUGAAACAUUACAAGGCAUAAAUAGUGAUUAUCUAGAGAAUUCAACUGUGCCUACCGAAAGAAACAGGUCUAGAACAUUUUCAGACGACCUUCGGAAGUUAGAUCCAGUUCCUAAUUUGGGGAGGCAUUAUCAUUCUGCUACUCAGGUAGGAAUGAUGGGGAUCAGGGGGGCGGAUACAGAAUCGUCUUCAUCUUCCUCUGGAUAUAUAUCCCCGCCGCCGCCUUUGGCCACCAAGCCCUCUAGUUAUUCAUCUGAAGCCCAGAAAAAAGAUGAGGUGGAUGACCUCCAGUAUUCAUGUCCUCAUGUUGUUUCGGACCUUGUGGCGACACUAAGCCAAUCUCAUGCCUUGGAGCAAGAGGGGGCAGUGACUGAUCUAAGAAAACAGACUAGGACUAGUUCUGAGAGCAGGAUUGCUCUUUGUCACCCCAAGUUGCUGUCUGCACUUUUGCCCCUAUGUACCUCCAGAUACCCGGAAGUUCAGAUAAAUGCUGUUGCUGCAUUGGUCAAUCUUUCAUUAGAGAAGGAGAACAAGGUUGGUAUAGUAAGGGCAGGGGCAAUUCCGUAUCUGAUUGAUGUUCUGAAAGCAGGUCAUCCCGAAGCACAGGAGCAUGCUGCUGGGUGCAUUUUUAGCCUUGCCUUAAGUGAUGAGAACAAGAUUGCUAUUGGUAUUCUGGGUGCUAUUCCUCCUUUGAUUCACAUUCUAAGAGCUGGUGAGGAUAAAGCAAAGCAGGAUGCUGCAAUGGCUCUGUACCACUUGUCCUUUCCUCAAGGCAAUAAAAGCAAGCUGGUGAAGGUGGGUGCAGUUCCAAUAUUAAUGGGUCUUGCUCAAGAUGAGACAUCCAGGAUCAGUAGUAAAGCUCUGAUGAUCCUUUGUAAUAUUGCAGCAAUUGCAGAAGGACGUAAGGCAUUAAUGGAUCUCAGUGGCAUUGCUAAGCUAGUGGGCAUUCUUGCCAAACAUCAAAAGAAUAAGACUAGAGCAGCUAGCCAGGAAAUCCAAGAGCAAACAGUUGCAGUCUUAUUGCUGCUUUCUCAGAACAAUAUACGUUUUGUUUCAUUGGCAAUUCAAGCAGGUGUUAUGGAACCGCUUGUUUGGCUUUCUGAGAAUGGUAAUGCCAGAGCCAAAGAAAAAGCUUCUGUUCUACUAAGCAUGAUGAAAGAAGUUACCUCAAGCGAGGAGGAAUAUCCAGACUCUAUAUUGCCUCGGCAUAGCACAAGAAGAUUGGGACGGGCUGUUUGGUCGGGACCCAAUUCCACAGAAUUCUGAUGUUUCUUUGGCUAGGUUACAAGUGUGUUCUGCAGGAAGUAUUGCAUUAUGUAUUCACAUAUGCAGUCAGUGUAACAUCCAUAUCUCAGGCGAGUGUAAACAUUGAACUUCUGAUAUUUAAAAGUUCAGUUACGAGUGUGUUGCACAGGAAGUUCGGUAACUUUUAUAUUAGGUAUCUUUUUUUUCACAUGUUCUGAUGAAAUGAUUCAGCAGCUUUUUGCGGUUGAUGUUUACCAUUUCGUUAUGUAGAAUAUUUAAUGUUGUCUAUCACAGAUUGAGCUUCUUAGUGGGUGAACAGAAAUUUCUUGUACAUUAAUAGGAAGAUGGAAUUUUCCUGAUCAUUCUCAUGAUCAUUUAAAAAUUGAUGGGGUAUUACCUUUGUAUUA